AAGUUGCUAGUCACUGUGACAGCGCCGGGGAAAUCGCCGCCUCCUCCAUAGCGCUGACGUAGGUUCUUGAGAUCACUGCACUGGAGAAGAGACGUAGGGGAAUCCAGAAUCUUCUCACAACCUGCACGGCGCCUUCAGAGCGGCUUCUGUUUCUAAGCGCCCCCGUCCUGCGGUAGACCUUGAGAUGGCCCAGCCACUUGCGUGUAGUAGUCGGCUCGGCACAGUCUCCGGCUCAGCUGGAGCGACGGCUACCUUGGUGCGCCCGCUGCCGUGUACGGACGGUCUCCGCGUAUUGGCAGGCCACUCUACGGAACUUAAGCGAGAGCUCCCGCCAGCAGAACCGGUGCUGACCGCGGGGAAGAAGCGCGUGGCCAGGGGCUGUGCCAUGAACGGCGCCCUGCCCUAUUACUGCAGCGGCGAGGUCGUCAGAGGCUUCGGACGGGGAUCUAAGGAGCUGGGCAUCCGGACAGCUAAUUUUCCUGAACAUGUUGUGGACAGUCUUCCUCCUGACCUCACCACUGGCAUCUACUAUGGCUGGGGCUGCAUUGGCAACGGGGACAUUUACAAAAUGGUUAUGAGUAUUGGUUGGAAUCCCUUCUACAAGAACACCAAGAAAUCUGUGGAAACCCAUAUAAUUCAUCAAUUUGAAAAUGACUUUUAUGGAGAAAUACUUAGUAUUGUUAUCGUGGGCUACAUUCGACCAGAGAGAAGCUUUGACUCUUUAGAUGACCUGAUUGCUGCAAUUUACAGUGACAUUGAGGAAGCCAAGAAGCAGCUGGACCUACCAGAACGAAGGAAGCUGAAGGACCGCUACUUCAACAAUUCCAAGAAAAUUCUGAACGGUCAUUGACUUUGGCUUGAGGUCCCAUAAAGUUUGGUGUCUCAUAGUAGUAGACCGCAGUGGACAUCCGACCAUCUUUUAUUUAAUAUUUAAAAUAUCACUUCUUAUGGCCUAGACAUGACUAUUGUAGUCAUUGGUAAUGCCUUGUAAAAAAAUGCCGAUGAAAUUCUAAAGUCAUGUUUUGCACUCGGAUACUGUACUGAUUAGAAGCUAUCCUAGCUCCAUUGUCCCUCUAAACCGUGUGCAUUAUAGGUCAUGCCAAAUGUUACGCUGCAAAGAAGGCAGCAAUGAGAUUCCUGGUCAUUCCCUUAGCUAUGAUAUGACUGUACCGUGUGCCCCUUAGCAUUGUAUGGCAUCCUAAAGCAGCGUUACUGCCGGGGAUAUGUGAAGGAUGUACUACAUCCGGCGAAAUCCAUCUGCCUGUUGUAGAAAAGUAGAAUUUAUUUAUUUUUUAACCCAUAUUCAUGGGUUAUUUAUUAUAUGAAGAUAAAAAUCCAUUACCCAGAACAAGGUAAUUGUGGAUAACAUAGGGGCGGGUUCGGUAUGAUGAGACGCCAAGCCACUAGGUUUACCCAGGAUCUUCAGCUUUUUUUUUUUCGAAUGAAGAAACUGCAGUUCAAAGAAACGUCCCUGCAAGUUUUUUUUUCUAUUGAAAACCAUUUUUGUGGUGUAAAUCACAUUUUUACAUGCAUGUGGUUUUGACAGCAACAGAUACAUAAAUUGUGUGGGUCAUGUUUUCUUCUGUAUGGAGAAAAUGCAGUAGGGCAUAAGAGGUGGCUUUCAGAUGCAAUGUCUGAAUCGGCUAAUUCUUUUUAAAGGGGGUUUUCCCAGUGUUUAAUACUGAUGACCAAUCCUCAUUAGCAUGUGGUUGGUGGAGUUCUGACACCCGAGACCCCUACUGAUCUGUAGUGCUCCAGUGAGCUUACAAACGCAGCGCCGUCCAUUGGAUAGUGGUUGUGCUGGGUAUUGCAGUUCAACCCUCUUCACCUGAGUGAGACUGAGCUGCGCUUAGGACAUGUGAACAAUGAACAUGACGUCGCUGGCUUAGGAAAAGGCUGUGGUUAUUCGAAUAGAUGAUCGGCGGGCUGCUGGGAGUCAGACCCCCACGAUCAGAUACUGAUCACCUAUCCUGAUGUCAUUGGUAACACUCGGGAUUCCCUUUAAACUGUCUUUUAAAUCUUUGCCACUAAGUUAAUGUGCUACUAAUUCUUCACCCACAAAAUCCGAAGGGAUAAUCUGCAGCAUAGCCGCCUCAUGUGCCCUCAUUAUGUAUGAUAUAGAAAUGUAUACAUGGCUCAGAAUAUGCAAUGUUCAUUGCUGAAGAGUAUGUAUUGUGGGGCAGUCUGCAUUAUCACUGCCUGUUUUGGCAGCGGUUUUAUAGAACGGUCCACUGUGUGCCAUGCUCUUUAUUAUAUGUACUGCAGAAUUUGCAUGAUGCUCCUCGAUAAUAAUUCUACCUGUUCACACAUCUUUAACCAUUUAAUUCUCUCUCUCUCUCUGUUAAUAGUCUUUGGCUUUACACCAGCAUUUAGCAGCCUUUUUAUAUAUUGUUCAAUAUCUUAUUCACCAAAGAUAGAUGGAUAAAUUUAGUUACCUCGAGUCGCCCUAAUAAGAGCCAUUCUGUAAAUCCUUAAGUCAGGUGCCGCUUACACUAAUCAAGCAUGCCAUCCGAGGUGCCAAAUUUAUGAAGACCCAACCCCAUGCCUCAGUAUAAAUUUGGCACUUUAUGCCAGCGGACUUUAUGCUAAGACUGUGUAAUGCCUCUCUUAGUAUAUAAGCCCCAGUUGGCUGCGUGCUACUGCCUCCUCUGAGAACGGUUGAUUCUUCUUAAAGGGGCACACAGCCUACAAUCAAAGUUUUCUUUAAGAGAGUUAUCUGGGAAUUGAUAUGGAUGACCAGUCUUCUGGAUAGGUCAUCAAUAACAGAUCAGUAGGGGGGGGGGGGGGGGGUCCUGAAACUCCCACCGAUCAGCUGUUAGUGGCCAGCGCUGCAGCUUCUUCCUAGGCCAUGUUACUUCACUGUACGUUAAGACCAUGUAUGGGGCUGAGCUGCAAUACCAAGCACUGCCACUAUACCAUGUAUGGCGCUGUGCCUGGAAAGCUGCUGGAUGCACUCGCCAGAGCUCCCGUGACCAUGGUGACUCGCUAAAACAUCUGAUCGGUGGGGAUGCCGGUGCUCGGACCUCUGCAGUUUAGGUCGUCGUUAACGAUUCCUGGUUAACUCCUUAACAAGGAACCUCCUGAUACUGUUCACAGAAUACUAAUAAAUAUGAAUACACGUCUGACUUCUUGGGCAGGGGACUCCAGGGACCUGGUUCUGUACUGUUUGGAACACAUCUGGUCACUGCUGACAGGUCACCUUUAUAGUACAUAUGUUAGCAGUUUAUGCUUAUGGGAUAUUCAUGUAUGUGGGACCAUAUUUAUGUGUGUGUGUUUUUAGUUCUGUUUCUCAGUAUCAGUGUAUAACUAGAUGGUUGUCUUUCAUGUUUCAUCUGUUAGACUGAGUUCACACACUGUGCUGGCAGAAGGAGUCCCAGGGAAGGGGCUGUUCAUCACGUUCUUUGCCCCACAUUUUGACAUAUAUGUUGGGGGGGGUAAUACACUACACUAUUCCAUCCUGCAGAUACCAGCAAAAGAGAGAAAAAGACAUACCUUAAACAGAUUGUUUUACAGUGGGCUCCUAUGGUGAAUCAUCCUUUGGAGGUAUCUGUAUAAUGUAUAUGACGUGUAUAGUUAAACGCCUAAAAGGGAUCUUUUCUGCCAGUAUGAGGCCGCCGCACAGAAAACACAGGGUUCAAACUCUGCCUUAAUGAUGGCAACGCGAUCCCACCAACAUGUCAUUGAUUGUGAAAAGCAAACUACACUGUGUGGUUUAAUGGAUCCAAUGGAUAGAAUUGUAAUAAAUGGGUAUUUUAAUUAA